AUGACACGCACACAGCACUACUCACACCCCACCACCGCCUUCCCCGUCUACUGCCUCGACUGGACGGCAGACUCCACCGUCCUCCUCGGCGGCGGAGGCGGCGCGAGCCGCAGCGGUAUCGCCAACAAGCUGAAACUGUGUUCCGUCUCGGCAGAUGGAACCAAGGUCGACGAUGUCGCGGAGAUUGCGCUGUCGAGCGAGGAGGACGCGCCCAUGACGAUUGCGUUGGACCGUGCCUCUGAGCAGCUCGUGACGGGCAUCAACCAGAGCAGCUCGAGCAUCCAGGCGGGAACGAAUGGGCAGGCCAGGGUGUACUCGUACACUGACAACGACCGAGUCUCGCUUAGCAGCACGCUAACCACCAGACUGUCCCAUGUGCGAUCACAACAGACGAUCCAUGCCGAGUGGUCAGACGACUAUCCUUACCAGAAACUCACUGCGCUCUCCCGCGGCAAGAAGACUGCCUUUGUGGCUGUCGGCACGACGGACAACAAGGUCGCCGUCUUGCGUUUCCCUUCGCUCGAGAUUGCUCUCGAGCCGUUUGCGGUGGAAGGUGGCGACCUCGUUGACCUUGACUUUGGAGGGCCAUAUGGUUCAUGGCUCGCGGUGACGACGGCGUCCAAGGUGGACGUGUACGACCUCGAGGACGGCGAAAAGCCCCACCUCGAGCUGCUGCACAGCAUCUCUACCCCUUCCAUUGACGGCCUGAGCCUGUCCUUCCGCUCGGCACGGUUCGCGCCCGCCGCCCAGCCCCCAGCGUCCGCCAGCAGCUGCCCGGGCAUCUACGCCGUCCUCAACAGCGCGGCCCCUGCCCGCCGUGAUCGCGGAAAGGCCCGCAAGGCCUUUGUGGUGCGCUUUGACGCCACGUGCGAGGAGAGCGGACCAUCACAGGACAGCGAGGAUGAAAAGCCGGCCAAGGUCAAGGGCGUCCAGUGGGCCGUGGGCGCCAAGCGCGAGGUCGCGUCCAAGCCCGUGACCGUGUUUGAUAUCAGCAGCGACGGCAAGCUCGUCGCGUUUGGAUGCUCGGACCUGAGUAUUGGAAUGCUCGAUGCGUCAACCCUUGCUCCUCUCCUCAAGAUCCUCCAGGCACACUCGUUCCCGCCUACGGCGCUCAAGUUCAACCCGUCCGCCACGAUGCUGGUCAGCGCCAGCGCGGACAACACGAUCCGGACGGUGGUCGUUCCGUCAAGCUUUGGUGGCGCCUCGUCCUCGGCCGUCGCGAUCAUCCUUGCGAUCCUGAUCAUUAUCAUUGCCAUCCUGCUGAGUAAAUAA